GAGGAAAUACAAGCCCAGGGCGGCUUCAGGCUAAUUUGAAUCACCUGCUGACCCGCAACUCUGUGGACAGGUCCUGUGUCGGCUCCUCAUGCAUGCCUGAGAGAUUUGAUCAUUCCCAGCUGUAUUUCUUGGCAACAUCACAUACAGAUUUCUUGAAUUUGCCUGCGUGCAGACGCACUAAGUGCAGGCCGUAGAAAUUGCUUGAAUCCAUAUUGAAUUGCAAGAAACUGUUUCUGGCAAGCAACCGAUUGGUAACCGGAGGGUCCGUGCAGCAGUGAAUGAGCGUGCGAGGGAAGACCGCAGAGAUGGUGCAGCCGAGCGAGAGCCCCGGCAGUGAUUAUCCCGUCUGCGGGGGAGGUCCAGCGGGUGCGUCAUUCGAGGGAGUAGCUCCACUGCCGCCUGAACUGAUUAAUCAUGAGGCAUUUCAGCGCCUGUGGGUGGAAAACAAAGACCUGAGAGAUGCCUUAACACAGAGCAAUUUGAUGCUGCGCAAGAGACACAGCGAGAUGCUGGAGUUUCAGGACGCUCAGAGGAAAGAGCGAGAGUUUAUAACGUACAAAUUCACUGAGGCCCGUAACCUGGUGCAGAGGCUGACAGAGGAACGUAACAGUUUGCACCUUCAGCUCGGGGCCACAAAACAACCGGAAAAAGACGCUGUAGCGAAGGAAGAAAAGAAAGCGAACGCAGAAGGCGAGAAGCAGGAGGAAGCAACAGUUACAGAUCAGAAACUUCCCAAGAAGCCAGCAAAUGAAGAGGAUAAUGCCAGUCCUGGAAACUCAUUGUCCUCCUGUGAAACCCUAACUCACAGUGUGUGUGAGACAAUCAGACCUAUGGUGCAGGAUUACGAGGGGCCAGCCCGAGCGCAGCAGGAUACCAAAGACCGAGGAGCCCUUACAGAUGCAGAAAUUGGGGAAAGGUUCACAAGAGCAGAGCAGGAGUUACAGAGGAAACUGCAUGACAGCGAACACCAGAACUCUCAGCUUGUGCAGCAGAUAAUGGACCUUAAAGAGGAGCUUUCUAACCUCAAACACCAGACAGUGGAAAAAGCAACUGAAACCCAGAGAAAGGUCCUGUUGAUGCAGCAGCAGCUUGAUCAAGUGACAGAGGAGAAAGUGACCAUAAAAGCCCAGGUCACCUCACUUCUGGGAGAGCUGAAUGAGAGCCAGAAUCGUCUUGAAGGAUGCAUGCAGGAGAAAUCAAAGCUGGAAGAAAGGUUACAGGUGGCACGUGAGGUGCAGCUGGAGGGAGAGACGUUAGUAAAGCAGCAUAUGAUGCAGCUAGAUCAGCGCAGGAUGCAAGUGCAGAACCUGGAAACAGCCCUGAAAAUUGAGAGACAAAAGACUUGUGAGGAAAUGAGAAAGCUUGCACAGUUACAAGCAGCAUACCAUCAGCUGUUUCAAGAAUAUGAUGCACAUAUCAAGAGCACUCUGCAGGUCGAGAAACACGGCGGAAGGGUUCAGGAGCUGAAGCAGCAGUUGCAAGAAGCAGAAGAGGCUCUUGUGGCCAAACAGGAUCUUAUAGAUAAAUUAAAGGAGGAAGCAGAAAAAAUGAGAGAGACCACGGACGUGCUGAAGGCCCAGGUGGAGAUCUAUCGUCUUGAUUUCCUGGCAGAGAGGGAGGCGCGGGAGAAGCUGCAUGCGGAGAAAGAGAGGCUUCAGGAACAGCUGGAGGGUCUGAAGCAAGAAAGGUCUAUCUUUGAGGGCAUAAGGAAUCGACAUUUAGACAUCCGUCCAACUCUAAUCCCAGGUCCUUACCCUGGGUCAGGAUCUUACGCACACCCCCCUAUGAGUUCAUUUUCUACAGUGAUGGAACCUGAACCGUAUUGCUGCCCCAAGUGUCAGUACAAAGCUCCGGAUAUGGAUACGCUGCAGAUACAUAUAAUGGAUUGCAUCAAGUAAUACCCCCCAAACACUAUGGACUCAGCCUUGUAGAGCAGGACACGUUUAUGCUGCUGAUGAUGAUUGGUCUCAGGACCGUGCUGAAGCUCAUGUUUAAAGAGAAAUAACUGUACACAAAGCUAUAUUUUGAAACAAAUCUAGUUUAUUAAUGUAAAUAUUGAUUUUAUUGUUGCUGGACCAGAGCCGCCGCCGCCACCCCCCCCCCCCCCCCCCUCCAUAAUUGCUCAUUGUAGAACUAUAAACUUCUGGAAGGAAUGUCUGUCGUGGAAGUUUGUAUGUGAAUUUAUUGCAGGGAAUCAAACAUGGCUUCUGUACCCUUAUCCCUAUUUUCCAACGUCGCCUUGUAAAAUGCUGUAAACACGUGAAAGCUGAGAAUUAUUUUAUUCUGUAUGUACUAAUAUAAUGCUGCUAAGGCAAGGUCGUAAAUAAAAAUAUAUAUUUUAAAGUCA